AGGCCGUGCCGCGGUGUCGCGGUGUCCCGGUGCCGCGGUCCCGUUCAGGUCCCCGCGGUGACCCGGUGCAUUGAAGGCCGUGUGGCGAUGUCCCGGUGCCGCUGUCCCGUUCAGGUCCCCGCGGGUCCCGGUGCAUUGAAGGCCGUGUGGCGAUGUCGCGGUGUCCCGGUGCACUAAAGGCGGUGUCGCGGUGUCCCGGUGCCGCGGUCCCGUUCAGGUCCCCGCGGUGUCCCGGUGCAUUGAAGGCCGUGUGGCGAUGUCCCGGUGCCGCGGUCCCGUUCAGGUCCCCGCGGUGUCCCGGUGCAUUGAAGGCCGUGUCGCGGUGUCCCGGUGCCGCGGUCCUGUUCAGGUCCCCGCGGUGUCCCGGUGCAUUGAAGGCCGUGCCGCGGUGUCCCGGUGUCACGGUGUCCCGGUGCCGCUGUCCCGUUCAGGUCUCCGCGGGUCCCGGUGCAUUGAAGGCCGUGUGGCGGUGUCCCGGUGCCGCGGUCCCGUUCAGGUCCCCGCGGUGUCCCGGUGCAUUGAAGGCCGUGUGGCGGUGUCCCGGUGCCGCGGUCCUGUUCAGGUCCCCGCGGUGUCCCGGUGCAUUGAAGGCCGUGUGGCGGUGUCGCGGUGUCCCGGUGCCGCGGUCCCGUUCAGGUCCCCGCGGUGUCCCGGUGCCGCGGUCCUGUUCAGGUCCCCGCGGUGUUCCGGUGUCCCGGUGCCGCGGUCCCGUUCAGGUCUCCGCGGGUCCCGGUGCAUUGAAGGCCGUCUCCGCGGGUCCCGGUGCAUUGAAGGCCGUGUGGCGGUGUUCCGGUGUCCCGGUGCCGCGGUCCCGUUCAGGUCCCCGCGGGUCCCGGUGCAUUGAAGGCCGUGUGGCGGUGUUCCGGUGUCGCGGUGUCCCGGUGCCGCGGUCCCGUUCAGGUCCCCGCGGGUCCCGGUGCCGCCCCCCGGCCGUGCACGUGCGCCGAGCCCCGCCCGGAUUGGCUGCGCGGUGUCACGUGCCGGCUCAGCUGACCCGCGCCCGCAGCGGCGAUUGGCGGAGCGGGGGGCGGGGCCCGCGCAGCCCCGGCAGCGGCGGGGCCGCCAUGUCCCGCGGGCCGGGCCGGGCCGGGCCCCUCCGCUCCCCUCAGGGCCUCGACCUCGAUGCGGAGCGGGAGAAGAUCCGCCGCGAGAUCGAGCAGCUGGAGCGCAGCCUGCAGCCCGGCGGGGCCGACAUCCCGCUGCCUCUGUCCGACUCCAGCCUCAGCUCCGCUGAUGAUGACGAAGAUGGCAAUGACGAAGAUGGUGAUGAUGAAGAUUCUCAUGCUGAAAUGGAAGUGGAAAUAGAAGAUGGCAGUGGUGAUCAUGAUGAUGCGGAUGAGGAUGAGGAUGAGGAUGAUGAGGAUGAUGAUGAUGAUGAUAUUGAAAGCCUGCCCCAGGAUCCAGAAACCUGCCUGCAGAUGAACCAUGUGUACCAGGAAGUUAUCAAGGAAAAGAUUGAGGAAGUGGAGCUGCUCAUUGCACAAAACAAAAAGCAGCAGAAGGAAAUCAUAAGUGAGCUUAAUGGUCCAAAACCAGCCAAGGCAGGAGAUGGCAGAAGUCUACCACCAAAUGUGUUUUUGGGUCAUUUUAUGAAGCCAUACUUUAAGGAUAAAAUAACAGGAAUUGGCCCUCCUUCCAACGAAGAUGCCAAGGAAAAGGCAGCUCAGGGCAUCAAAUCCUUUGAACAGCUGCAUUCAACCAAGUGGAAAACUGGAGAGAAGACACUGCUGCAGAAAUCCGUGGCGAGCGACCGCCUGCAGCGCCUGCUCCAGCCAAAGCUGCUCAAGUUGAGUUAUUGGAAUCAGAAACUGGAGAAAGUCAAGACUGACACAGAAAGACAGAUCUUGGAAAAGCAAAUCAAAGACUUGGAGCAAGAAAUAGAGGAAAUUAACCAACUCCCAGAAGGUGACUUAAUAGGAAACAGAUUCGAUGAGCAUGACUGGGACAAAAUUUCAAACAUCCAUUUUGAUGGACAACGUAGCUCAGAAGAACUGAGGAAGUUUUGGCAAAAUUGGGAGCAUCCAAGCAUCAACAAAAAGGAAUGGACUGAGGAGGAGAUAGAGAAUCUGAAGCAGAUAGCAGCUAAACACAACUACCUGGACUGGCAGACUGUUGCCCAGGAGCUGGGGACCAACAGGACAGCUUUCCAGUGCUUGCAGAAAUACCAAAUCUAUAAUAAAGAUUUAAAAAGGAAAGAAUGGACCAAGGAUGAGGAUCAGAUGCUUUUAGAGCUCGUUCAAGAGAUGAGAGUGGGAAGCCAUAUCCCAUACAAGAAAAUUGCUUACUACAUGGAAGGAAGAGAUUCUGCUCAGCUGAUUUACCGCUGGACAAAGAGUGUGGACCCCACCUUGAAGAAAGGAGCCUGGACACCAGAGGAAGAUGCUAUGCUGAUGGCUGCAGUUGAGAAGUACGGGGAGAAGGACUGGUACAAAAUCCGCAGGGAGGUGCCGGGCAGGAGCGACGCCCAGUGCCGGGAGCGGUAUUUAAAGGUAUUGCGCAGGAAUCUAAAGAAGGGCAAGUGGAGCUUGGAGGAAGAGGAUCAGCUGAUUGAACUGGUUGAGAAGCAUGGCCUGGGUCACUGGAGUAAAAUAGCUUCAGACCUGGUACAUCGGACUGGCUCCCAAUGCCUGAGCAAGUGGAAACAAAUGAUUGGCUCUAAGAAAAGAUCUGGGGCGAGCAAACGGUGCCAUGCUGAGGAGAGCUCGAGCCCUUCAGAGAGCAGCAGUGAGGAGGACAUGGAGCUGGACCUGGCAGACAGCUCAGAGGAGGAGGGGAGAAGCACCAAGAGCAAUGAGGAGUGUGCAGUCCCCAGCAUUGACCUCUGGAUACCAACAGGGGCAGAAACACAGGAGGCAACCAGGGAGAGAUACCAAAUCCAGUCCCUCCUCUCUGCUGCCAGGGCUGGUGCAGGGAGCAGCUGCAGUGACAUUCCAAGGGCAGGAUGUGACAGAGACAGAGCUGCUGAUACAUCAUGUGAGCUCAGCACUCUGCUGAGGGGCAUUGGACAGUCCUGUACCACAGAUGUGCUGGUGAAGAAUCCAGCAGAAGUGAUGGCCAAGGCUUCCCAGUGUGGAAAACAAGUGCUGCAGGUUAGCCUGGAGGAGGUGAGAACAAUAUUAAGGAGAAACACGAGAUUCCAGAGGAAACUGAUGCUAAAACCUCUUGGCAGCCUUUUAGCCAAGCCCCCUGGAGAGGGUGCAGCUGCUGGCCAGGAUGCCCAGGGGCUGCAGGAGCUGCCAGAGAGAGCUGGGCGCCGGCACAGGGAGUGCUGGAGGAGGCUGAGCCUGAACAGGAGGCUGCUGAUGGCAGUGACCCCUUGGGUGGGCAAUGUGCUGCUGCCCUGCACUGUGCAGGCUGGGAGCAUGGCUUUCUACCAGACUAAAGCUGCUGCCAUUCACGAGCAGGUGAAGUCAGUCAGUCUCAGCAGCACUCCCCUGUUUGCACUGCUGGUUCGUCUCUUCCAGAUUGAUACCAAAGGCUGUAUGAAGAUUAUUAAGGAGAGAAAGCUGAGGCAGUUGGAGUUGCUUAAGGCAAGGAGCCCUCAGCAGGCUUCCCAAAAUACGGACACUUCUUCAGGCAACUCAUCCCAAGCUUGUUCUCAGAGGAACUCCCAAGUGGGCAUCCCAAGGAAUUCUGUCAGGAGAUCUGCCUUGAGAGCACGGAGCAGUGCCACUGGUGCCUUGGAGAGCUGUGCCAGAGCAGUGCAGGGAGCUCCCCCAGGCCAGGGGCAGAGGCAGAAACCUAAAACUGUCUCAGAACUGCUGCGAGAGAAGCGCUUGAGGCAGUCCCAGGCCAAGAAGGCCCUGCAGAGGCCAGUGCUGGUUGCCUCACCAGUGCUGGUUUCAGGGCCUUUGAUAAUCCAGCACCCACCACAGCAAAUCAUUCCCUCUGCACAAGCAGGGAGCAAACCUGCAGCAGCUGCUGGGACAGAGAGACAGGGUUCACCAGUGCCCACAAGGACUUCUGCUGCAGGUUCUGCUUCUGCUCCUGUGCCUGAAAACCAUUCCUCAGCAGUGCCAGAAGCUAGGGACAGCCCUGGUUGCUCAAACGGGAUGGAUCUACAGUCAAGUAAGAAACUAAAAGAGGAAGCUCUGGAAAGCAGCCCUGGAGGAGGGGUUUGUCCAGGUGUGAAUCCAGCUGCAGCAGAGAAGGCCCCAGACCUGGAAGGGUGCAAUGGUCAGGACCCAGCCAGUAGCUCAGCUUCAGCAGUGUUGCAAAACCAGGCUUUAGUGCCUCACCAGAUGGCAGUGGUGCCUCUUGGCCUGGUGUCUGGCACCAACACAUUGUCCCUUUCCACACCAGUCACCUGUGAGCUGAAGAGUGACAGGCCACAGCAGACACCAGUGAGCCUGCUGCCUGCUCUUGUCCCUCCACAAGCUGCUUCUCCUGUGAUUCCCAACAGCAUCCUGCCCUUCCAGUGGGUUGUAAUCCCCCAGACCCUGCUCCCCAGCACUGUCCAGACUGCGGUGGGUGUUCCCCAGGGAAUGCCAGCUGCUGCUGGGAAAAGCCAGUGUCAGACAAACGUGACUUCCAAUGGCAAUGUCUCUGCUUUGGGAGGGACUCUUGUACCAGCUGGAGCAAAGCCACCUCACCCCAGCAGUGCAGAGACAAAAGGGCCAAGUUCCCAGCUGGCAGGGGCUCCUUUGGGAAAGGCAGCUGACCAGUCCACAAUUCCCUCACCUCUGCCCUCAGUGUGUCCUGGAAGCAGCACAUCCAGCGUUCCUGCUGUAACCCCUGCAUGUUCAGAUGGCUCCUCCAUGGCUCCAGACUCCUCUGCAGCUCCAGCUGCCAGCCCAGCCCUGUGUGCCAUCGUGCUGCCCCAAACAGAGCCUCCUGCCAGCACUCAGGGCUCUGAUUCCCAGCCUGUGCCCAGUCUCACCAGCUCGGGAAGGAGCAGUGACUUCAUCACAACAAAUGGAUCAUCCUUCAGUCCAGACAGCAGCAGGACAGAGAUUGUGCUGUGGCCAGUACCUGCAGCUCCUCACAGCAAUGUCUCAGGGAACUCUGCUUGCUCUGGUGCCCAGGGACUGAGGAACAGACCCAUUGCCUCCAAACCACCCAGUGCUGACGUUCCCCCUCAGCCAAGCACUUCCAGCGCAGAGAAGAAUCUCCUUGACUUCAGCCUGAUCUCCCUGGAGGAUGAGGGGCUGGUGAAGGAGUGGCUGACUGGGAAACAAGGGGUUCAGGUGCCAUCACUGCAGACCAGGCUGCCUUAUCUGCCACCUUUCCUCUGCAGCAUUAAAACCCUCUCAAAGCUCCUUGUGCAGAAAGCAGCUCUGGAAGAGCAGGCAGCCUCUCUGCUGCCCUCUGAGGCCAGUGGGGACGGGGGCACUGGGGAUGUGUUCCAUGCUGUUGGAGAACUGGUGCAGCAGAAACUGGGUGAUAACCCUGCUUACCUCCUGCUGAAAGCCAGAUUCCUGGCAGCCUUCACACUCCCAGCUGUCCUGGCAACUCUGCCUCCUCCUAAAGUGACAACAACUCUGUCAGCCAGCAGGAAGCAACAUGAGGAUAGUGAUGACGAGGAGUGGCAGAGUAAGAAAAAUGUGUCUGAGGAAGAGAGUUGUGGGAAUGAAUUAACAGGAGCACAGGAUCACUGGAGAAAUGAGGAUGAGCCUGGAGACAAAGAUACUGGUUUACUAAAUCAGGGCAUGAGGGCUGAGGAGAGCCCUGCUCAGUCUGCCUUGGGUUCCUACACUGAUGUGGCUGAUGCCAGAGCUCCCCAGAUCAGGAGAAGUGCACGCUUCAAGAAGAGGAGGAGGAUAUGAGAAGGAAAUGUGUUAGUAGCUGCUCAGUGGUUUGUACAUCCUGCUGACAAGCUGAACCACAUUAGUCUGUGGUUCUGCUCAGACAGUGAAUCAUGACCCCUGGAAAUGACUGAAAUGAUCUCUGCUCUUGUUCCCUGAGGACACAGAGUUCUACAGCACCAUCAAUCACAGCCUAAGGCUGAUAAUAUUUUGGGGAGAGGGAAAGGUGAUGUCUCUAUGAUAAAAUUAUAUAAAAACUCAUGAAAUUCAAACAUUUGGCAGCCUUUUAGUUCGUGCCCCAAACCCUAUUUAGUAUGCACCUAGUUGGUAGCACUCUAUAGGCUUGACAGUGGAGUUUUUCUUUAAUACUUCAUCUUUGAGCAGUUGGUGGGGUUUGGGGUUUAUUUCCCCUAUUAGGCUUCAUUUCUGUACAGUUAUAACAGGUCACCUUCUGCAGGGUACAAAUGGGUAAUGUCCUGAUACCUGCUGAGGCUUUUGGUGCACUGGAUGGAAUGAACAUGAACACUGUUUCACAUGGUUAUCAGAUGAGACUGGUUGGGGAGUUUUUUUCUUGAAAAUCAAUUUUAGAAACUCCAAAAGGGCAACUUCCCUGUAAAAUUGCUGUGACUGAUAGGAGCUGUUUUGCUUUGUUACAGGGGUCACUGGAAUGUGCUCUGCCUUCCUGCAUGGCAGGAGGAGAUAAUCUUUGCACUGUUCACUUUUACCACUUCCAGUGCUGACUGGAGGGACCUGAGGAAGAGGAAAAUGCUGGAUUGAUUUUCCCAUCCCUCAACAAAAUCUGCAACUGUAGGCAAGGUGUAAAAAUUAAGGAAACUGGCUAGGGGGAAAUCUUUCAGGGACAGACUUCUGCUCUUUCAGACUCCCACCUGCCAUAGAUGCUGAGGGGGAAUAUUGCUGGAAAUCAACGAGCAAUGGUGGUUAUUUAUUUCCUUCUUGUGUUACCCCCUAUUUAUGUGAAUGUUUAUCCAUGUUCAGAAUAUGCUAAUUGGGUGUUUUUUAGUGCUGUGACUGUGGCUUUGCUUGGUUUUUGCUUGGCUUUGCUUUCCACAGACUGAAUACUGUGGAAUAAGCAGCAGAUUAAUUUUGUAUCCAAAUGACUCUUAAGUAUUUGUUGAAAUACAGAUGUUUUAUUUUUCUCACUUAAAAAUUA